AUGGCUUGGUGGCAGAAGAAGCUGCUCCGCUACGCUUUGUCUCGGACUGGCCUUCUCGACGAUCGUGCUAUUGACCUGGACAAUCUAGACAUUACAUUUGGCAGGAAGAAUGUGGUAGAGUUGAAAGACGUUGGACUCAAUAUCAAGCACAUCACCAAGCUUGCUCAGCUUCCGCCUGGGCUGCGAGUUGAGGCUGCCAGGAUCCUGACGCUGCGGUUGACAGUGCCGGCGGACAUCUACCAGUCCAGCAUCGUUGCCGAGGCUGAUGGUGUGGAGCUGAAUGUGAUUUUGGAAGAGAAGGAUGUCGAUCAAGAGAGUAUCAAGAAGAAGAGAGGCAGCAGAGAAAGGUCUCCAACUACAGCAAGGAGUCCCGAGCACAGGAAGGUCCACAGGAGAUUACGGUCGCCUCCGCCAUACCAUCAUGCUGGAUCAGACGAAAUCGAAGAGGCGUAUAUCCCUACCACUAAACAGCUGGCAAAGUCAUUCCUGCUCGACGAGCCGGCGCGAGAGAGGAGGCAGCUGGAAGCCUCAAUAGCGCCCAACUCGCGAGGAAUGGAAGAGUCGUUUGCAAGUGAGAGCAGUGACAGCGAUACGGUUGGUACAGGCGGUGCUGUUGGUUUGCCAGGCUUCUUGGCUGGAUUUCUCCAAGGCAUUGUGGACCGACUGCAGGUCAGUGUUCGAAACGUUGUGGCGACGUUGGAGACCGACUCGGGUAGAGAUGGAAGCAAGUCAACACCGAUUGCUGUUCAACUGAAGGUGGGAGGCGCGGUCUUGGAGACCUCCACAUCGUGGUCGAGCGAUGAUGGAAGACGUAGGGUCAAUCUAAGCGAUAUCUCACUGGAUCUACUUUCCGACGCAAGUACCUUCGACGAGCUGUCAGAGCUGGUCUCUCCGUCCUCGCCAGUGUUGAGUCGACGUUCUGGUCCAGGUUCACCACCCAUGCGAGCGUCGCAGCGCGAGCCGGCGAGCGCGGAGUCCUCUCGCAUCGACGUGCGAGGAGUGCCCACCAACGCAGAUGACGCAUCGGGAGCUUCUCCCAGAUCACCUGAGAUGAUGAAGGCCUCGGUCGCCACGAUUGACGAGGACCGCUUUGCGGAUGCAGGAGACGGCUACGAGGACGAAGCACUUGCCAACACUUCGCAGUCGGAACUUGACAUCAAGCCUGGAGAUGACAACAUCAGUUGGGGUUCACGAAGAAGCAAGAGCUCAGCACCUGCAGAGGAUUUGUGGAAGUCCAUGACAUCUGAUGACGAUCUCCCAGAUUCGCUUCUGCUUGAGCGCCCAGCCACACCUAGAGCCAGUACAUCUCGCCAUGUCAGUCCCAAUAUGUCGAGGACUCGUCGCAAUGUCUCGCCAUAUUCUCGAAAUCUGCAAAGUCCAAAUUCUUGGCCGAACAUGCCGGAGCAGAGUGAACGAAGACACCUGCAUCCCAGCCCAGGCUCUUGGCCAACUCUGGACGAGAGCCAGCAAAGUAUCUAUCAGCCGCUCGAAGCAGGCAGUACAGCGCUUGUAGACGUUGAAGACGAUGCUCCGCAGACAGAAAGAGAGAAUCACCCUUUGCGUGCGGCAGUGUCCACGAUCCAAGCGUCAGCCCCGGACAAGACAGUCGAAGACCUCACCGCAUCUCGAAUCUAUUCGCAUGAAGAGGCUCAGAGCAUGUAUAUGAGUGCCAUGUCGGAGGCCCCUUCUAUGCACAUUCCCGGUGGGUGGCAUUCAGACGGUCCACCAAGCCAGAUCUUACCCUACCGAUAUGGUGUGGAGGAUGACCCUCCCACAAGCGCCAAACCAUUACCGAGUGGUAGUCCUGUGAGGUCACAACAGCAACCAUCUGCCUGGGGUGAUGACCUCGCUUAUGGUGAGAAGCCUUAUCUUACACCGAAAGCACCUCUGUCCGGGAAUGCGACACCUAGAGCUGCUUCGCCAGAGCCCUCGAAAGCAGCUGUAGAUGGGUCGCCGCCUAUUGCUCGGCGUACAGCGAAACAACUUGCUUACAUUGAUGCUAUUGCCUUGCUUAUUCCCCAAACCAACACGUCUGGCGAGGAGAUAGAGCAGCAGGCUACACAACCAGACACCAUAUUCAGGAGUUCAAUGGCCCACGACAUGCCUGGGACGUUCUCCGCUUACUCGCAGAUGGCCUCCUCACGAGGACAGCUGGACAGCUCGGUGCGGAUCGCAAGACAUGAAGAGCCAAGGCCACCGUCACCGAUCGCUUCGGCCGUGGGCAUCGAGAUUGGCUCGGUCAACUGCCAGAUAGAUGUCCCAUGUGGCAGGCUACUAUAUCGGCUCAUAACUAUACUUCAGACUGCCCUGGACAAUAAUGGCUCUCGGAAGCCGAACACAGCGACCGAGCGCGAUCCAGACGCUCAGCCUGGUCAAAUGCCCCUGAACUUGUCAGUUUCUCAACUUUCAGUCGCCCUCAAAGGUUCACUGAACGGCUCUAUCCGGCCUAACGAAGAUCGCGACAACAACGUCGACGGCGCAGUAACGUUGUCAUGCAAUGCGAUCGACUUUACGGCUAGCCCCGGGGAGACCGAAGUCCGCGCAGGCACUGUGAAAGCCUUUGUUGGCCCGAGCUGUCUGCUCUCGUUUGACAGCAGUCUAUAUCAGAACAGCUCGAUCGUCCUGAGUGACACAACUCCAGAUGUCGCUGUCACGAUUGGCCACAAGCAGACGGUAGCGGGACGGCCGAUAACCGAGCUUGCAAUCGAGACGCUACCCCUCAAGGUCUUGUUGGACUUACCUGUCAUUGACGGAGCUUUCGAGGGCUUUGGGGGCCUCAGCGGCGUUCUGGAGCUCGGCAACUCUAUGCUAUCUGACAGCGGCUUUGGCAGCUCUCCACCAUCUCCGCGAAAGGCCGCCAAAGGGGUCCGCUUCGAAGGGCAGGCAGAGUCGACUAAGCGUGGGCCUGAGUUGAAGGUCAACGCUCGCAUUGGAGGUCUUCUUGCAAGUUUGCAAGGCAGCACAUGCAAUCUGGCUUUGCGUACGUCAACAGUGAAAGCAGUCUAUCGUGAGACUGGUAUCAAGGCCACUGUGGAGCAGAUUCAGGCGUCUGGGCCAUAUACGCAAGACAGUGAAGCUGCGCCGCUCACUGCUGAUCUGAACACUCUGCGGUUGGAGUAUCUUCUCUCACCUGAAGACAAGGACCUCGAGCGUCUGCUCUCGCUGUUGACACCGUCCAAGGACAAGUACGACACCGACGAUGACAUUCUUCUUGAUACUCUGCUUCGCCAGCGGAGGAAGGCUGCAGUUGCGCGAGUCGCCGUUGGUGGUGUCAAAGUCAAGUGCACUGAUUUAGCUUGUUUCGACACACUGACGAGCCUGGGCGCCGAGCUCAGCAGGCUCUCCGCUGUGGCGAAGUACCUGCCUGAGGACGAUCGACCUGGUGUGUUGGCCUUGCUCCGUGUCAAAGACUGUGAAGCCAGAAUACCCGUGAAUGACCGCUUUGGAAUGCUCCAUGUAGGGCUCGCAGAUCUGCACUGCGCACAAGUUGGUCUUCCAGCUUUACUGGCCUUAUCGAUCGGUACAGUCCAAGCGUCUCAGGCUGGAGAGGUCGAGCUGGUUCAUCCGCUUGUCUCAUCACAAGGUGUCGACAAUCUUCCGAUGGCUAUGUUCAGAAUGCUCGGCGAUGAAGCUGAGCCGAUAGCGAAGGUCAAGCUGUUCAACCUUGCGGUCGAGUAUAGCGUGCCGGUGCUUCUUCAACUCACUGGUAUGGAUGUUCAGACUGGACCUGAGGAGGUCGUUUCGGAACUCGCAAAGUCUGUUGCCGAUCUCGUACAGUCUGGAAGCAGAGAGCCUGCAGACGACAUCGAUCGAUCUAGAACCGCGAAGAAGGCUGUCAAGCUGGACGUAUUAGUGCACGAGUCAGCCGUAGGCCUUUCUCCUCAACACCUGUCGUCAAAGGCCUUGCUGGUGCUGAGCGAUGCCAAGUUUGCGGCCACGGUACCGCCCGAAGAGACCUUCAAAGCUGCACUUGAACUUCGCAAAGUCGGAUUGUUCCUUGCAGAUUGCGCCACUGCGGACGACAGCGAUGCGACCAUCCACCCUCGAAGUGCGCCGAGUAACACGGCGGUCAAGACGCAGCUAACAUCUGCUCUAUCGAGACAAGGCUAUGUGUCCGUUGGUUCGAUGAUGUCGGCGCAGAUCGCAGCUUGUGUGGUCAGUAACAAAGGCAGCAAUGCUAGCUCUGUCGACGUCGAUGUCAAGAGUGACUUGCUGCUGUUAGAAACCUGCGCAGACUCGACACAGACUCUCAUGGCGACAAUGGGUGGCCUGUCGCCUCCCACACCUCCAAGCAAGCAGCCAAAGUAUCUAACCGAACCCCUUCCGAUUGAAGACAUGAUGGCUUCCUUCUCCGGCGACGCUUACUCCAAGCCACAGCAGCCUGCACAUACCUUGUUCGAUAUGGAAGAGGAACCUGAGGACGAGACGGACAUGAUGUACGACAUGCCACCUUUCGGCGAAGAAGAAGACGAUGGUCUACUUGCUGAGUCUGAGAUGGCAUCCAGUCUUUACGGGCCAGUCAGCGGUAUGCUCGGAGGUGUUGGCAGGCCUGAAGACGAGAACGAUCCUGAGCAUUUCCCAGAAACUGCUGAGAGCUUGUUGGAAGAUGAUCCUUUCGAGAUGACGUUGUCUCCGAGUGACGCACCGCUCAGCGACGCAGCUUUGAUCCGGGAACUCAGCAAGCAGUGCAAGUCUACCAUCGCAGAAGACAACAUCGACCUUGGGCUUUAUGAGAUCGAAGACCUUGGGUUUGAUGCUCUUGGUGGGGACCAGUCUGUGCUUGGAACGAAACACAGAUUCCAUACACCAGCAACUAGCGGCAGGAGACCGCCGUCUGCCUCGUCGGAAAGCAUCCUUCCUUUCAGGCUGCGUGUAAGAGAUGUGCAUGCAAUCUGGAACAUCUACGACGGAUAUGAUUGGCAGCGGACGCGCGAUGGCAUUACGGAAGCGGUCGAACAGGUCGAACAGCGAGCGGAGCAGCGCCGGUCUAAACGGCGCCAGUCUCAGAUGCAGAAUGAGGAAGAGGAGUCUGUCAUCGGUGACUUCUUGUUCAACUCCAUCUACAUUGGCGUCCCGAGCAAUCAAGAUGCCCAAGAGCUACGGCGGCAGAUCAACCGCCACAUUGACGACAUGGCCAGCGAGACAGAAAGCGUACCGAUGUCUGGCAUGUCACGGCCGUCGACAUAUUCAGCUUCGGGCCGCACGAGGCCACGUCGACGAUUGAAGCUGGAGAGAAGCAGAGCGCACAAGGCUGCCUUCGAGCUGAAGGGCGUCUCAGCUGAUGUGCUCGUUUUCCCACCUGAGCGGGCGGAUCUCGUGAGCUCAGUUGAUGUCCGGAUACGGGACGCUGAGAUAUUCGACAACGUGCCAACAUCGACUUGGCGUAAGUUCUUGACGUCUUUGGAGCUUGGCCAGCACGGACGGGAGAUGUCAAAGCCCAUGCUUCAUAUCAAUCUGUUGAAUCUGCGAACGCUGGAAAGCUUUGCCGCAUCAGAGCUUGCCAUGCACGUCUCCGUACUGCCUCUCCGACUCCAUGUUGACCAAGAUGCUCUCGACUUUAUCACUCGAUUCUUCGAAUUCAAGGAUGAGAACGCGCCUCCGAGUGACUCUUCGGGAGACCAACCGUUCAUCCAGCGCCUCGAAGUUGAUACUGUGGACAUGCGCCUGGACUAUAAGCCAAAGAAGGUCGACUAUGCUGGCCUACGGUCCGGACAUACAAACGAGUUCAUGAACUUCAUCAUCCUUGACGCCGCCGACAUCCGUCUCAAGCAUGCCAUCAUCUAUGGCAUCAAGGGCUUUGAGCCAUUGCACAAGACUUUGAACGACAUCUGGAUGCCGGACGUCAAGCGCAACCAGCUUCCCACGGUCUUGGCCGGUCUGGCGCCGGUCAGAAGUCUGGUCAAUAUCGGUACUGGUGUUCGAGAUGUCGUCGCGAUACCUGUUCGCGAGUACAAGAAAGAUGGGCGCAUCGUACGAAGCAUACAGAAAGGCGCCUUUCACUUUGGCAAGACUACUGCUUCCGAGCUCGCUCGUCUGGGAGCCAAAGUUGCCAUUGGCACUCAGAACCUUCUGCAAGGCGCUGAAGGCUUGCUUGCGCCGCCUCCGUCAUCUCCAUCUGGACGCCCGGGUUCGGCGCGACGUUCACCUUCGGAGCAAGGUUGGCACGAAGCGGACGACGAAGACGAAGAGCCCGAACGCCGAGCGAUCUCUGCGUACGCCAAUCAGCCUUUGAGCGUUUUUGGAGGCCUGCGGUCGGCCAGAAGAUACCUGGAGCAUGACUUGUUGACCGCACGAGAUGCAUUGAUUGCUGUCCAAGGCGAGGUCUUGGAGAGUGCGGGCCCAGGUUCUGCUGCUGGCGUGGUCGCCAGGCAUGCUCCGACGGUCAUUUUGCGACCCAUCAUCGGCACUUCACGUGCGGUGGGAACGGCUUUGAUGGGUAUUGGGAACGCUAUCGAUCGUGACAAUGUCCGUAGGGUCGAUGAUAAAUACAAGAGGCGUUGA